AACCCAAUUGUGAUCGCAGAGAAACAAACCGUCCCAAUAUGUGCUGCACUGUAGAACAAGGAUAAGAUCGCUAUCAUCCGGAGCUAGCAGCCGAGGGGCGUCAGAAGCGCAAAACCACACGCGCAUGCAAAUUUGUGCAACUUCUUCUUCAAUCCAAACGAUCGCAAUUGGAAACGCCAUUCAGCAAAGAUUUGGAGAUGGAGUCUUCUCCAGUGAAGAUCAGCCUGCCACCAAGGCUUCCACGAAUCCGUAAAGACGACUCUUUCAAUGAAUUGAUUCAGAAGCUUGCCAAAUAUUUUACCGAUCUUGUAGAGAGACCCAUCACGUUCGAGGAGUUUCGUACUACGCAAGACCAUCUUUUGACCCCAUUGGCUCGUCAUCUUUUGCACGAUGUACACCAUCCUGCGCUGGUUGCAGCAUUGCUCGUUCUCAAGGGCCACUUCGUCACACUUGAAGCGGAGGAAGACCAAGGAAUCUUUGCCGCUAGAGGGUUUGCUUGUGAAGCAGUUGCGACAAGAUUUAUCAUUGGCCUGGCCGACAGGGAGAUUAUCGACUCGCUCCUUUACGAGCUACAAAUUCCUGAUGUAUCAGAUACCGAGACCCGAGCAGUAGACGAAAGUCAACAAGAGUUGCUCUCGCCAGUUACUGAGCAGUCACCUCUUCUAGCACGCUCAAGUUUGCGUUCUCGUGGGAGCUAUAGGAGCAGACUCACCAUUCCAGAGACUUAUGACGGCGCCGAAGACUCUUCUACCGCAACCGAUUCCGAACUGGCCGAACAAUUUGAUGGCCUGAACGCCUUGGAAAUUGCAGCUGUGUCCGGAGCAAAGAAGUUCCUUUGUCAGAAGCAAGUCCAAAGAAUCAUCAACGCCAUCUGGACUGGAGAUAUCAUGUUCUGGGCCAAACUUAGCGCUGACACGCAAAAGAAGGCCCAGAUCUACCAGCGCAAGUCAAUGGAUCCGUUCUGUCGACUCCGCGUCCCCAUCUAUCUCAAGGCCUUUGAGGUUCUGUUCUUCGUAGCGUUCCUGGCGUUCUAUUACGCCGUUCUCAUGCAGCGUUCGUUCUAUUCGGUGACCACAGCCGAGAUCUUUUUGUACAUUUGGAUCGCCUCUUUUGCCCACAAUGAAAUUGGAGAGUUCUGGGAUGCAGGUACUACAACCUUCUACCUUGCAGAUUUCUGGUCUCUCUGGGACCUGUUCGUGAUAGGUAUUGGAGUUGCAUUCUUCAUUACAAGAAUGAUUGGUCUCCACCAAGGAAACGACAGGAUCAUCGAUACUUCUUUCGAUAUUCUAGCUCUCGAGGCAUUGUUUCUAAUUCCCAGAAUUUGCUCACCUCUGCUAUCUCUCAACCCGUACUUCGGUACACUGCUCCCAUGUCUUACUGCUAUGACGAAGGACUUUCUCAAAUUUCUUUCGCUUGUGGCGAUAUUGUACUGUGGUUUCCUGUCAACUUUUUGUCUUCUUGGGCGAGGCCAGUUUACAAGUCGUCAAAUGGCGCUGAUCUUGACCAAAGUCUUCUUCGGUUCGUCAUAUCUGGGUUUCGACAUCAGUGAUAAAAUUUCUCCCUACCUUGGUCUCCCACUCAUGCUGGUUUUCAUCACCUUGACACAAAUCCUUCUAAUCACAUCCCUCAUCUCGAUCCUUUCUAACAGUCUGUCUAACGUUCUCUCGCACGCCAGAGAAGAGUACCUGUAUGUCUACUCUGUUUUCGUGCUCGAGGCGUCGACAUCAAACAGGCUCACGUACUUUGUUCCUCCGUUGAAUUUGUUUUCGCUGGCCCUCAGACCUCUGAGAUUGUUCUUGUCUUCCGAGCAGUUGCGGUACAGUCGUAUUGUUGUUCUCAAGAUGACGCAUCUGCCACACGUACUUUUGAUCAAAUUGUACGAGAAUCUGCAAGCCGUCCGCAAAAAGAACACCACAUUCGGCCUUGGAUCUCCCCGAGGUAUUGAAAAACCACCUGGUUGGAGACGAUCUGUACUGAACAAGAGGCUCUCGACACGAUACCCGCUAUUGGCGCCGAAUUCGAGACCGGACAAUCCAGCCGUGGACCAAUCGCAGGUUUCGCCGAGCACACAACCUUCGGCCCCUGCAGCUGCCAUCGGCGACAUAAAGGCCGUGCUCGAUCAGCUCACUGUGCAGAUUGAGCAGCUCAAGGCUGUUGUCGAAGACCAAGAGCGUCAGCUGCAGGCAAGCAAUGAUUGAGCCACUGCACAGUACCCGCGCGGUACCAGAGUUGCGACAUAGCUAAAAGGAGCGCUUUGAGAGGGCAGUAUGGACCUGGGCGUCAACAUGACUUGCGUGAUUGACUCGAACUGAAUUCAGAAAGCACAAUGUGUUGAAAUAAUGGGGCUCAGAGCACGGAUUAGGGGGAACUGCCGAUCCAACCAUGGGACCGAGCCUGGGUUUGAGACGCGGGUUAGAUAGUGGGUGGUUGAUUGGCUCGAACCAGACCGUCGGGUCGAUGGAGACGCUACUCGGUAGCCGCCAUCCGCAGCCGAGAAUCGAGAAAUGCAAGUAUUGACGGCAGUGCAAAAAGCAUGAACGAAAAUGAUGACAAUUUGAGCUAUCAACGCUAUCAACGCAGAUUGACGGAGAUCCAGGCGUCCCUAGAGAGAAAUGUCAGGUGC